CCCUUUUUCAGCCAGCCCACUCCACAGCGCAGGCGAGGCACGCAAGAGGGAAGAAGCCGCAUUUCUUGCAGUUGCAGUGGUGAUCUCUUUCUCUUCCUGCGUCUCCUCCUCCUCCUCGCUCUCCUGUCCUCUCCUCUCCCAAACAGAGAAGCCUCUGCUAGUAAGGAGGAUGGGGAGAGCGCCAUGCUGCGAGAAGGUGGGGUUGAAGAAGGGGAGGUGGACCAAGGAGGAGGACGAGAUCCUGGCGAGGUACAUCAAGGAACAUGGCGAAGGCUCAUGGAGAUCACUGCCCAAGAAUGCUGGGUUGCUGCGGUGCGGGAAGAGCUGCAGGCUGCGAUGGAUCAACUACCUGAGGGCGGAUCUCAAGAGGGGGAACAUCACGGAGGAGGAGGAAGAGAUGAUCAUCAAGCUCCACGCCACGCUUGGCAACAGGUGGUCCCUGAUCGCCGGACAUUUGCCCGGCCGAACAGACAACGAGAUCAAAAACUACUGGAACUCGCACCUGAGCAGGCGGGCGACCGACUUCCACGACGGCGUCGUCGUCAACAUUGACCUCAGCAAGCUUCCCGGCGGCGGCAAGCGGCGCGGCGGCCGGGCCAGCCGAGGCAUCGUGGCCGCGGCGGCCAAGGAGAAGAAGGCCAAGGGGAAGGCGAAGGAGAAGGACGACAAGGGCAAGAACAAGGUCGCCGCAGAAGCAGAGCAGCAGCAGCAGCUCAAGGACGACAAGGAGGAGGAGGAGGACGACGACGCCAACGUCUCAACUACGCCGAGGCCUCCUCAGUCUGACUGCGCCGCCGCCGCCGCCCAGAGCGAGGAGCAAGCGCAGGCCAGCGCUAGCGGCCUGACCUCCGAUAAUGGGCCCGAGGAGGAGGAGGAAGAGGACACGCUGGCUCUGAGCGAGGAGUUGGUGAGUGCGCUACUGGCGAGCCCCGGGAGCCCAAAGCUGGAGGUGGGCCCAGAUGGCUCGUGCAUGGACAGUGACAGUGGGCCGUCCGGGGACAGCUGCGGUGGGCCCGGCGGUGGGCCUUAUGGCGACGUGGCCCAAGAUCUGGACCUGGACGACAACGCCAUCAUGGACUGGGACUUGAUGGGGCUCGACAUCUCAGCCGCCGAUGACAUGUGGGACCCGCUGAUGUGGGACUACGACGACCAAACGUUGGGGGUCCCGGAACCGGAAGGAGGAGGGGUGGGCCACCACCAGCAGCCGCAGCAGGACGAGGUGAUGUCAGACCUCUUCUUCCUGGACAAUCUCUAGGAGGCGACUCUGUGCAUCUUUAGCAUGGGCAUGGCUGCUGUGAUGUGUAGCUUUCGAUUUGAUGCAGUGUUAGUAGUAGUAGGUUUUGGGUGUGUUCAGUUCAGAGAUGAGUGAGGUCUGAGUUCAGAUAAGGGGAGUGUGCUUCAGUGACAUUUUUGUCUGCUGGCCCGUAAAAUGGACAGGAUGUAGAAAAAUAAGCGGUAGAAUGGCACCUAAUCCGCACGCAAUGUUAGUUGGGAUUUUGGAGACCUUUCAGCAAUAGAGCCUGUAUAACAUCUGCAAAAGGAGAAAGGCAAUAAAUGAAUAAAUAAAUAAAAUUGGCUUCUGGGAUUGGCAUUGUCAGCUAACCCCUGAGUA